GAGUCAGGGGGCGGCGAGGGCCGGGGGGCGUCAGCGCACAGGGCUGGCCGCGGGUGGAGCCAGCCGGUGCUUGCGGGCAGCCGGGUCCCAGGAGAGGCCUCGGGCCUGCGGGGGGGCCGGGGGACCCGUGAGCCCCGGGGGGGCCGCCCGGCCCCGCCGCCUGAGGCUCCGCUGCGGCUCCCGUCGAGCGGGCAGGCCGCCUUCUUCCCCGCAGGGCAUGAGCGGCGGCGGCGGCUCGGCGCGGCCUGAGGAGCGGCGGCGUUUCCCCCCGCCCGGCAAGUCCCUCCCCAUCUCGGCUUUGAGAGAAAAUGGUCUGCUGCAGGCCCUGGUGCAGGGCGCGGGGCAGCCCGCAGGCACCGAGAUCAGCGAGGAGCUGCGGCGAGCGCGGCAGGAAUGGGAGGCUGUGGAAGAGAGCCAGUCAGGGCUGGGAGGAACAUUGGCCAGUGCCGCACCCCUGAUCUCCUUCAACGAAGCGCUGCAGUACUUCCAGACAGCUGACCUCUCCGAGUGCAGGAAGAAGGUCCGGGUGACGGCACGCAGGCAAGGCCUGGCUGCUCUGGUUCGCUUCCUCUUCGGCCCUCCCCGACUCCAGCCGCAGCUGCAGGGAGAGCGGGAGCUGGCUCUGGCCAUGGCACAGUGUGGUUUGGAUGAUAACGAGAGAGUGCACAUGAGGAUCCUGCAGACCAUUUACAAGAAGCUAACCCGCUCCAGGCUGGGCUGCCCGCGCUAUGGGGCACACUGGGAAGAGCUCGGCUUUCAAGGUGCAGAUCCUGGGACCGACCUGCGAGGGACAGGGAUGCUGGGCUUGAUGCAGAUGCUGUACUUCGUCAUGGACUCUCAGACGCUGCCUCUGGCCCGAGAGAUUUUCAAGCUAUCCCAGCACGAAACCCAGAAUUUCCCCUUCUGCAUCAUGUCUGUGAACAUUACCCGCAUCAUCAUCCAGGCCCUGAGGGAGGAACGUCUCUCCAGGGAGUGCAACCGCAGGCAGCAAGUCAUCGCCGUGCUGAACGACAUGUACACGGCGGCCUUUCUGCAGCUCUACCACGUCUGGAAGUGGCAGCACAAGACUGUUGCUGACUCUGGCUUUCUCCUAAAGGAGCUGGAAUUAUCCACCAAAAAGAAACCGAAGCAGCUCCUAAAGUCCCUGGAGGCCUACGUGAACAAAAGCCCCGCAGCAGAUGGCCUUCAGGAACUGUCCCCUGCUUCUACCUCUGGCAAUGGCAGCCGGGCUGGCGAGGAGAUUAACUUCACAGGCGUUUGCGACCUGCAGGUUGAGCUGGAAGGAGAAGCCAGGCUGAUCUGAAACGGAGGGAGAUGCUGCAGGGAGCCCCGCUCACGGCUCAGCUCUUGGAGGGUGCCCGGCUGCUGUCACCUCUGGUCAGGGGGCUCAGGAAGGGCCACGUAGGUCGAGAGUGAUGAGAGGUGGCCGCUGCCCUGAGGAGCAUGGUGAGAGCAGGGUCUGGGCCAAAGUGAGGGCAGUCAGGAGCCGGGACAUCACGGAGAGUAGAUUUUUGCCCUAAACCCCCAAAAAGGGUGGCCUGGUCCUUCCCCAUCUCGCCCCUCAAGCAUCCCAGCUGCAGUGUCAGCGUUGCUCAGUGCUGUGGGAGCGAACCGCAAGAUUUGAUCCUUUCCAGGCAGGAACCUCCCAAAGCAAAGGGGGAAAACGUGGCAGAACAGGUGGAUUUUAUGGGCCACCAGCCGGGGAGCUGGGAUUGUCUGUCUCAAAUCCAUGCUCCUGUCUGUCUUUACCCCCAGCAGGGAAGUUAGUGAUGCUCCAGGCAGAGCUGGAGCAUGGUGACAGGGCUCCUGAAUCAAAUCACAGCUCUGACAGCACCUAGGAGGGUUUAAACCCCCCCACGUCAGGCCGUGGCAUCUUAAUUACACGUUGACAGUGGGGUGGGAGCACGAGCAUGGCCCCAUUGCUGGGGCAGGGGGGCCAGCUUGUGCCCCAGGGCUUGGGGUGUCCCAGUGAACUUCCCCGAGGUGUUACUGUGUGCAUCAGCACUUAAAUAAGUUCUUAAAAGUAGGGGAGAAAGUGCUUUUCUUGGUGUAAAAUAAGACUUUUGGACUUGGAUUUGCUUCUGGUCUCUGCAGCUGGGUGAGGGGAGAGAGUUUCUGCUGGGGGGAGGCUGCUCCCGGGAGCAGGGAAGGGCAAAACAGGGUCAGUCGGGCACCCAGGAGCUGAAUUCAGGGCUCAGCCGUGGGAAAACCACUCCGGAGGAGAGGAACCAGCGUCGGAUUCUGUCCUGCAGCGAGGUGCUGCCGAGGCGGGGAAGAAGAAAAUCCUUCUCAGCCUCCGCGUCUGCGAGGGCAGCUGCUUGGUGUCCAGAAAACCUUGUGAAGAGGAGACAGACAGGACUUUUGCCCGCAGGUUCCCGGAGGCUGCGGUGCGGUUUCCCAACAUGUUCCCUCCCUUCCCAGCUCCCUGUGCCCCCCUUC